CCCUGCACAGUGGUCCGCUCAGGCUCCGCCCCUGUCCCCGCCCCACUCACAUUGUCCCCGCAGCUGGGCGCACGCCGUGUCCGGGCAGGGGGCUCCGUUGGGCUCGGGAUGCCCCCGGAUGAGGGUCUGGGGGAGCUACGCUCCUGCUGGCGGGUCCCGGCCAUUGCCCACUUCUGCUCUCUUUUCCGCACCGCAUUCCGUCUGCCCGACUUCAGUAUAGAGGAAUUGGAAGAUGCGCUGUAUCAAAACGACGUGGAGUUUCUAAGUGAGCUUGUGGCGAGUCUUCUUCAGGGCUGCUACCAGCGCCGUGAUAUCACGGCGCAGACCUUUCAUGUGUACCUGGAGGACAUCAUCAGCUACCGAUGGGAACUAGAGGAGGGAAAACCCAACCCCUUCAGGGGAGUCAAUUUCCAUAAACUGCCACUGCGCACUAGGGUGGAGAUUCUGCACCGACUCUGUGACUACAGACUGGACGCAGAUGAUGUGUUCGAACUCCUCAAGGGUCUGGACGCAGACAGUCUGCGCGUGGAGCCCCUCGGAGAGGACUCGCAGGGGAAUCUGUAUUGGUAUUUUUAUGGGACCCGCCUGUACAAGGAGGAGCCAUCAUGGGAGAAGCGGCAGCGGGCGCUGGAAGAAGCCGCUGCCGUGCCAGAGAAGCCUGUGAGGAAGAGAGGGCGUCCUCCCAAAAAGAAGCCGCUGCUGGAACAGGCUGUGAUCUGUGAUAAGCCAGAACUGCCAGCUUCCGCAGCAGUGGAAAUGGAACCACCCAGGAACGUCGGCUCCCCCGGUGAGGGAUUUUGGUGUCUACUUUGCCAGACGGAGGAUGAAUGGAGGAAGCUGACUGAGAGCUUCCGGGACAAGGUUUCCCCAAAAGAGCACCACCUGUAUAAGAUUCUAAGUGAAGAAUUCCUCCCGGAGAUCUGCAGUAUGAUAUCUCAGAGGAACACAAAGGUCCAGAAUAAGCAGGACCAUUUCGCCUGUAGGAGGUUAUCCGAGCAUCCUGGGUUUGACGCUUUUCAGCGAGAGGGGGUGGAUGGGUCUCAAGUGCAGGAGGAAGAGGAGGAGCGGCAGCUGUUGCUGGGGAUGCAGAGGAAGGAGCAGGAACUGUUGCAGAAGGAGGAGAGGAAGAGAGCAAUGGCGAACAAGGUCCGAUCUGUAGAAGAGCGGGCUAGAAGACGAAAGCUGCGAGAGGAGAGAGCCUGGCUGUUAUCACAGGGCAAAGAUUUGCCUCCAGAACUGACUCACCUGGAGCCCAACUCCCCGCUACGUGAGGACUACAUUGUCCCCGAUCUACUGAGCUUUGAACUUGAUGACCAUUAUACAGGCAUGUACAAAGUUUUGGAUGCUGUAAGGGCACAUAAGGAUUCCUGGCCCUUCCUGGAGCCGGUGGAUGAGUCUUAUGCUCCCAAUUAUUAUGAUAUUAUCACGUGUCCGAUGGACCUGUCAAGAGUGGAGCAGAGGUUAUCCUCUGGGUACUAUCUCACAAAGGAUCAGUUUGUCGGCGACAUGAAAACCAUGUUUAGGAACUGCGUCAAGUACAACGGGUUGGAUAGCGAGUACACACAGAUGGCUGAGAACUUGGAGCAAUGUUUUAGAAAGGCGUUACUCAAACACCUUCCAGAAGACGAAGGCGAUUCUGAUGGCGAUAGCUGGAUUCGAAUCGACAACAGGGAGAAGCCCUUCAAGAGGCGGAGCCAGGCAAGGCGGUCAAAGGUCGGGGGUUGGAGAAAGUCGAAGUUGGAAAGCGGCCGGAAGAGGCAGAGCUCAGAGAGUAGCUUGGUGCAUCAGUCCUCACCCAGCGAGGAUGGAGAGGACCAUUUGCCACCAUCCACCAAUAAAUCUGCAAAAGGUCAAUCGUACACUCGCCCCCUGCAUUAUGGAGGAACGCAGAGGCCGCCUUUCUACCCAGUGGACAUGCCUAUUGCAAGGUCUCCUGAAAUGUCAGACAACAAACGGCUGGACUUUAGACCCUCUCAGGAGCCACACAAUUCAAGACCUUCAUUCCCAGUGAGGACACCUGAUCAUGAUGAUAAACGCCUUCCAGCCCCAUAUUCUUCUGGUUAUACAUCACAGAUGGGGCCGCUGGUACCAGAUCAAAAAGCGCCCCCAUCUGCCAAUUCAUACCAAACGUAUAGACGUGGAACGCCUAUGUGGCAUGAAAACAGACAGCCAAGCCACCCUGCUGGUGCUGGGCAACAGCACUUCCCCCAGCCAGCAGGGGCACACUUCAUAAGACCUCCGAGGUUCAACUUGAAUGGUCGAUACUUGUUCAGUGGCUUUGGGAAUUCUAUGAUGGACAGUCCAGAAAUGGUUGAGAUGCAGAGAUUGACAUCUUUUGUUUGUCCUCCUUCGUCAAGCUAUUCGUCACAAUCAAUACCCCCAUCUUACCCAUCCCAGCCUGCAUCAACACCAUACCCAUCUCAGUCUGGAACUACAUCCAACCAAAACCAGCCAGCAUCGUCAACGUAUCCAUCUACCUCGUUCUCAACUCGGUCAACACCCCCGCCACAGCCAUUCCAGGCUCAGUCCACACCAUAUCAAACCAAACCAACACAUGCAUCAUUCCCAACAAAGUCUACAUCUACUCCAUAUCCAAACCAGUCGGCACCCUCAUUGCGCCCCACCCAGCCAUCGACUGGUGCAUAUCCUUCACAACAAGCACCCAAUACUCAAACGAACCAGCUAUCCCCUAGCUCCCACUCAUGCCAACCAGAUCCCUCUCCUCAACCAACCCCUAAUCCACAUUCAACCCAAGCAGGACCUUCAAGCAUUUCAGAACCAGAAUCCCCACAACCGCUUUCCCAGCUAGCAUCUGCCCCAUGCCCAACGCAACCGGCAUCUAUAUCCCACCCAGCCCAACAAAUAUCUCCACCACACCCAUUUGAGCCUACAUCUGUCCCAUGCCCCAACUCGCCAAAAACUAAUAACUGCCCAACCCAAAUAAUACCUUCCUCACAUCCAACUCAACUAUUGUGUACCCCAUACCCAACCCAACCAACACCCCCACCAGAUCCAUCACAGCCUUCUGCUAUGUCUAGCCCUACGCAACCAUUGUGUAAACCCUGCUCAACCCAAUUGGCACCUGAGCCAUCCCAGCCACAGUCCACCCCCUACACAUCACAGCAAAUUCCUACCCCCUACUCACCCAAGCCAUCUCCUAGUCUCUCUCCAUCCCAGCCAGCAACCUCCUCUCUGCCAGCUCAGGCACAGUUAGACCUUUGCCCAUCUUCACCACCCUCUAACCUCCACCCAACCACACCACCCCUUACACCAUACCCAUCUCAGGAAGGUCUUGCUCAUUACCAGCCAAGUGAAAAACUCAGCUUAAAUAGUAAACCAGACGUGAGCUCUGUAACUUCUGACCAGGAUUUAUUGAAUGCGAAAGGCUCGUCUCUGCCUUCACCAUCAUUGCCUCCUCCAACUCUGCAAGCAGAGACUCCGCCCACACCAGAUGUUUCACCAACUACAAAUGGAGGACAUGUGACAGUUCUGCCCACACAGGAGAACCCUCCACCUCCAAGCAGCAUAUUGCCUAGUGGUGCAAAGAAUGGGGAAAAGCAGUGGACUUCUGGUAUAGGCAGCCAAGUUGAAAAGGACAUGGAUGCAAAAUCCGGCUCUUAUAAUGGUUUUGAUGCAGCUGUGCCACAAAAGCCAGUUGAGAUGCCCAUGCUAAAGAAGCAAUUGCUUGGUGUCACCAAAAUGGCACUGCAGUCAGUUAAACACCAAGACACUACACCGCACCAGCCUUCAGUAAAUACUUUUGUACCAAAACACCAAAAUGACACGGCUCCCAUUUAUCCAUCUGGUGGUAACAAACCUGGACCCGUUAUGGACCAAAGUUUUGGUUUUCAAAGGCCCCCUGGUUACCAGCCAUCUCAGUUUUCGCCUAGAUUUGGGAAUGUACACCAACAGCCUCACCAAGCAUCAUAUCCUCGGUUCCACCACCAAGCUGAGGCAUAUCCAUACCACCACCCACAGCAUGCCCAGCAACCCUAUCAGAAUUACCAGCGCCCUCCCUAUUACACUCAGGAAUACCAGAAUUGGCAUCACUCUGCCCAGCAGGCUCCUCCGCAUUCAGGGGGCUAUUCCCAGUCGAGUGGGUCAGUGGGCAUGCAGGGCAUUGGAGACAUGAGGAAUCUUCUCAUGUCUCCUCUGCUGGAGGGAGAACCUAGGGCAGUCCCUGGUGACAGCUCAGAAGAGAUGGAAGAAAAGAGUGAAGGUUCUUUGGAGAGGCCAGAGAGCCCAAAACAAUUCCUGGACUUGGACAGUCACAAAAGACAAAGUGGGGGCUUAGCCUAUGGCGUUCCAAGCAAUUGGGGCAGCUCAAACUUCCGACCGCCAUCGAAUAUGAUGACCCAAUCUCAUUACCUGCCCCAGAAUCACUACCAACCCCAUGGGUACUCCCAGCAGCCCUUGCAUCCAGCUCGCCACCCUGUGCAUGGACAAACCAAUGGCCAGCCUAGAAUGGUGCCCAAUUACCCGCACAUGGAGAACAGGGGCCAUUUCCAUGCCGUGAUGAUGGAGCAGAGAGGGAGCAUGCCACAGUUCCAGGAGAUGUACCAUCAACAAGGAAUGCGUCUCCAGAUGCAGCUCCCACCUUUCCACAAGGGAAGAGCCCUCUCACAGGGAGACACAAUGCACAGACCACCCACGGUGCCCCUGGACCAGACCUAGCCGAAUGGACUUCAGAGUCAGUCUUUAUGAAGUAUAGAAGGGAAGAAAGCCCACUAGACCAAGUUUCCGUUGCCCUUUCCGGCCCUGUGUGCCUUCUAGGAUUCCCUACCAAUGUGGCCUAAUCUUGUGGAACUACUGCAGCCCCCCCCUACGAAGUGACCUCUUAAAUAGCAGCCCCAGUAUGUGGUUGGAUAACACUGAAUUGCUCUGUGGGGGCCGGCUCAUAGACAGCUAUUCUCAGGAAGUGAGGAGCAUGAUUUCACUGCAUCCUCUGUUUACAAGCUACGUCUUGCUGCCUUCAUCCACACGUUUUUUCCCUGAUGUUUGUGCUGGAGUUUUUUUUUUUGGUCAUUUCAUGUUUCUUUCUGGGAUCGUUUUUUGUUUUGAAACUAAUGUAUUAUAGCGUUAUGGAUCGCUUCUUUCCCGGCACUGGUGUGGGUGAGCAACAUAGACUUUGCCCAGUGAUGAGAGAGAUUCAUCAGUUGAGGACCAGGAAAAUUAAAAUACAAGUCGCCUUUUGUUUUUCAUGGGUACGCGUAACUGGAACCAUUCAUUUGUGGUAUACUUAAUUCAUAUGAAAUGUUUUUUGGUAAUUUUUUUUCUAUUAAGUCUGGUAACAACAUUUUUAUACAUUGCAGCUGUCAAAGCUUUUGUUUUGUGAACUUUCUAGCUGUAAACUACGGUAUUUCAAACGGUGAUUCAUCAUUGUUUAAAGUAUCGAAUGAGGCAGCACGCGUGGUAUUGUUUCAUGGUUUUGCGAUCCGCUAAAACUGUCAAUUAAAAAAAUAAAUAAAUACAAUCAAUCAGUGAUGAAUGUAAACUGUUGAUUUUUAUAAUCCAAACGGUAUUGCAGUUUUGCACAGAUAUUUGAGCGAUCAAAUGCAGUUGGCAAAAUUUC